AUGCUCAAGAACGCUGCUUCCAAGCUGUUGCAACUCAACAAUAGAUCAUCAUCGGCCGUAGCCAAGAGAUGUUUCUCCACAAGUGCUAUCCGUUCAUCUGCCAGUGAUGAUUCCAAUGAACCAAAAUUCUUGGAACAAGUAGAGUUGUACUUUGAUAAGGCUGCUAACUCAACUCUCCAUGAACCUGGUCUUUUGCAAUUCAUCAAGGAGGUGGAUAGCGUCUAUGAAUUCAUCAUCCCUCAUGAGAGAAUUGAUAAGAACGGUAGAAAGGUCGUGGAAACUAUCCGUGCAUACAGAGCUCAACACUCUCACCACAGACUCCCAACCAAGGGUGGUAUCCGUUACGAUAAGAUGGUCAACAGAAAUGAAGUGAUGGCUUUGGCUUCCUUGAUGACUUUCAAGUGUGCUUGUGUUGAUGUUCCAUUCGGUGGUGCAAAGGGAGGUAUCUGUAUUGAUCCUUCUGCUCACACUGUUGAGGAAAUUGAGAGAGUUACUCGUCGUUUCGCUGCUGAAUUGAUUCAACGUGGUGUGAUUGGUCCUGCUAUCGAUGUUCCUGCUCCAGACUAUGGUACUGGUCCAAGAGAAAUGUCAUGGAUUGCUCACACUUAUCAAACCUUCCAUCCAAAUGAUAUCAAUGCUUUUGGUGUUGUUACUGGUAAGCCUGUUUCACAAAACGGUAUCAGAGGUAGAGCAGAGGCUACUGGUUUGGGUGUCUUUUACUCGGUUCGUGAGGCUUGCUCCGAUGCUGAUUUGAUGAAGAGUGUUGGUUUGAAGACUGGUAUUGAAGGAAAGAGAGUUGUUGUUCAAGGUUUGGGUAACGUUGGUUAUCAUGCUGCCAAAUUCUUUGAAGAGAAUGGAGCCAUCAUUGUUGGUAUUGGUGAAAGAGAUGGUGCAGUCUAUGAUCCUAAUGGUUUGGACGUGACUGAUGUCAAGACCUAUGUCCAAGCUAAGAAGACCAUCUUGGGUUAUCCUCGUUGCAAGACUGUCAUUGAAAAUGCUACACAAAUCUUGGAAUGUGAUUGUGAUAUUUUGAUUCCUGCUGCUUUGGAAGGUCAAAUUUCAUUGAAGAAUGCUCACAAGAUUCAAGCCAAGAUUAUUGCUGAAGGUGCCAACGGUCCAACUACUCCAGGUGCUUCCGAAAUUUUGGAAAAGCAAGGUGUCAUUAUCAUUCCAGACUUGUUCUGUAAUGCUGGUGGUGUUACUGUUUCAUACUUUGAAUGGUUGAAGAACUUGGGUCACGUUCAAUUCGGUCGUUUGACAAAGAAGGCUGAAGAGAAGGGCAAGAAGGACAUGGUUCGUCAUUUGCAAUUGUUGACUGGUCGUGAAUUGAAGGAAUCCGAAUAUCAAGCACUCACUCAUGGUUCAUCCGAGAGAGACUUUGUUUACUCUGGUUUGGAAGGAACUGUCCAUGAAGCUUGGCAAACAAUCAUCAAGACUUCUCGUGAGAAGAAUGUCAAUCUCCGUACUGCUGCCUAUGUCAGUGCUAUUGACAAGAUUACUCUCUCCUACAAUGAAUUGGGUAUCUGGCCUUAA